CUUGGUCAACAAUCACUGCGCAUUUCAAGGUUCUUAUGAGUCAUGACAACCCCGAUACUGUAUAGAAGAUGUGUUAAUUGCAAGGAAAAUAUAACAGAAUUGAACUUCGAUAUACACGAGGCAUUUUGCUGUCGAAAUGUGAUAAUAUGCCCAGAUUGUGGUGUCAGCCUUCUGAAAACAAAGUUAUUGGAGCAUCAGCUGGAUGAGCAUAGUAAAAUUAAGUGUACAUAUUGUGACUCUUUAUUUCAAGAGUCCAGUGUUUUGGAACAUGAAUUUAUAUGCCCUAGACGACUAGUGGAGUGCGCUUUUUGUAACUUGGGGGUGACCAUAGACCUAUUAGAAGACCACGAGUACACAUGUGGUGCUAGGACAGAACGCUGCUCAGAAUGUGGGGACUUCGUGAUGCUUAAAAGCCGUCAAACUCAUCGCUGUAAGAAACCCAUAGAAUGUCUUACAAACCUACAGAAUGAUCUCGAGAAAGACUUCUGUGUGGCGUUGAAUUUGCAAUAUGAAGAUUACAUUCAAAAUGUACAUUCCACAACACUCCAAAAACAUAUAAGAAGUCAGACUGACACCUCACAUCAUAAAACAACUGUUGAGAGACCGUCAAAUGAAAAUGUCGUGGAUGAAUGGGAGUCAAAUUCGAUAAUACCGUGUGAAUUUUGUCAUUCCUGUUAUUCAAUAGAUAUGAUUCAUGAACAUCAAGUUUUGUGUUUACUUGAAAAUGAUUCAUUGAUGUCGGCAACAGAAGAACAGACGAAUAAACCCAACGAUUUAUGUAAUCAAGUAACUACAAAUACAGAAAGAACACCGAACUCUUGUAACAUUUCACAAGCAGCUGGAUCCUGUAUUAACCCAUCAAUGAUCAAUUCUAUAAAAGUACAAUCUAAAAAGUUUCCUUCCACAUCCCAACAAUUAAAAUCAACCAAUAGAAAAUCUGUUCAAUGUUCUACAUCAUCAUCAACAUCCUCGUCAUCAUCAUUAACAUUACCACAAAACAAUACAAAACAUAUUAAAACUUCAAUGAAUCCAUUUUUUUCUUCCAGAAUGAAUAACAAAACUAUUUCAAUGAAUAAGAAUAAAGAUCCUUUAAAAUAGUAAAUAAUCCAUCUAAAAAUUGUUUUAUCACUAAAACUGUAAAUCAUUCACUUGAUUCAAAUUCAUCAUUAAAUUUACAAAAGAUAAAGAAAAAUAAUACAAUAAAAUCUAAAGGUUUUUCUAAGUAGGAUUGAAUGAAUAAGUCAAAGAAAAUGAUGAUGGAAUAAAUUGUCAAUGGAUUUUAGAAAUUGAUUUUGUUCAUUCAAUCAUUUAAAUGAUCAUUCUAUUUACUUCAAACAAAUCCAGUAUAUAUUUCCUUCUAGUACAUCAGAUUUCUUGAUAUUAUAAUAAUUUCAAUAGUUGAGAUCAUGAGUCAAUUGAAGCUAGAC